AAAGCUUCAGUAACACUGAUAGUGAUAGGCUUUAAAGAAGGGUUAAGGGAAGUUUAGAAUUGUGAUACGCUUAAGCCUUAACGUUUCAGUUUAAUAGAAUCACAAUGGGAAAUGAAACAUCACUUCCUAUGGAGAUGUGUUCCACAUUUGAUGCUGAUGAAAUCAAAAGACUUGGAAAGAGGUUUCGAAAACUUGAUCUAGACAAUUCUGGCUCUCUCAGUGUGGAUGAGUUUAUGUCAUUACCCGAACUUCAGCAAAACCCACUAGUGCAAAGAGUAAUUGACAUAUUUGACACUGACCGGAAUGGGGAAGUUGAUUUUAAAGAGUUCAUUCAAGGUGUAUCUCAGUUUAGUGUGAAAGGAGAUAAGGAAUCAAAACUGAGGUUUGCCUUCAGGAUUUAUGACAUGAACAAUGAUGGUUAUAUCUCCAAUGGAGAACUUUUUCAAGUGCUAAAGAUGAUGGUAGGGAACAACUUGAAGGAAACACAACUUCAACAGAUUGUUGACAAAACUAUUCUCUUUGCUGAUAAAGAUAAUGAUGGAAUGAUCUCCUUUGAAGAGUUUUGUGCUGUUGUUGGGAAUACAGACAUUCACAAGAAGAUGGUUGUUGAUGUUUAAAAAUGUUGCAUUUCCAACACUAUUUCAUUUCCUUCAUAUUAUUAUUGAAAUAUCUGUAGGCUUAGGAAAUUUCUUGUCACUGAUUUUUCAAAUGUCCAUACCUAGGAUUAAUGAAGAUCUAUGCUUUGAAAAAUCGUAUUUUGUGCAUGGAUAUGUUCAUCCAGUGAGUGUCAAUGUAUGCCAUACAGUAACAGUAUAUCUGUCUGAUUAUUUUUCUUAUGUUAUGAAAAGAUCUUGUUCAUUUACAUAUGUAUAGAUAUAUACAAAUGUACACUUAAACUAGAAGUGCAGAAAAAUAUGCUAUUCGUUAGUUGGACACAACAGCAUAAAAAUACUAAAUACACAUGUGUAUACAACUAUGCAACAUUGUUUUUUUAGUAUGAAGAAUAUGAACCUCUAAAAGCAAUCUAGUAUCAUUGAGGAACACUGAUAAGUCAAGAUACUGAAAGUUUUAAACCUGUUGUUUAGUGCAUUGUUGUUUAUUCUAGUUAAUGUGUCAAGCGUAAUAAUACUUGGGAAUAUAAAUAGAAGUUUGUAAGUUAGGCUUAUCUUUGGUGCAGAAGCUUCAUAGUAAGAGACCUACAGACUGUAAUUAAUUUUAACAUGCAUGCAAUUUCAAGUUUGAGUAUGGUUCUAGAGUUUUGUUUAGGGAAUUGAGGAAAACAGAUUUAUGUUUUUUAUAUUAAAUUUAAUGGAAUUGACUUCUGGACGGAUUGUAAGUGAACUUUAUUGUAUUGAAUGAAAUAUCAAUUACAUUAUUUGUAACUAGUUUUUGUACUGACGUGUACAUCUUACAUUAUGUUCAGUUUCAUUAAUUUUUAAAUACAAUCAGUUUACUUAUUUUGAGAGAAUUGUGAAAUAGAAUGCACAUUUUUUUCUAGUAUUUAUUUUACAGGUAUCCAAAGCGAAGUGUUUAAAUGUUACAUAUUCUCAUUGCAUAUAUUCGAUGUAAUCUCAUGUUUUUUAUCAAAAUGCAUGCUGUAACUUAAAACUUUAGAACCAAUGUACAUGUAGCUAUCUAUGACACGAGGACCUCAUUGAAUCUUUUUUUUUAUCACUAAUUGCAUUAAUCUCAGUCAGUAUAUUAGUUAGUAAAUUUUUGUUCUAUAUACGUUGUUUUUAUUUCUAAUGUUGUGUUGUUUGUGGUUUUUAUUUUUGUUUGUGCAUUUGGAAGUUGGAAAAGCUCAACUGACACUAAACUUGUAAUUUUUAUGUUGUCAGCCACUUUAAUUUAAUUUAAAAUAAUACUCUGUUAUUUUCAGAAUCAUUUUAGUACUGUUGUUGUUACCAUUUGAUGGCAUUUGUAAUAUCUACUAGAAUUUGAUGUUAAUGUUGUAGCUGUCUUAAAAUGCUAAUGCUGUUUAUAAUUUUAUCUUUAUAUUUUUGGUUUGAUAAACUGUUUGCAACUGCACUUAUCUAUUAAAACGUAAUUGUUAGAUAGUAUAUAACUUACAUUGUAGUGUUGAUUAAAUUAAGACUACUACUUUUAUUACAUAUAAUCAGUACACGCUUUGAGAAACCUGCCAUAUUGAAAAUUAUCAUUGUGUUAUGUCCGUUAAAGAGAAAGCACAUGUUAUCAAGCAGUAUUAAAUAUGUAUAGAAGAAGAAAAGUUUAGAUAGUACGUAUAGUUGUGCACUAUCUUAAUUUGUGCAAUAUGUGACUGUGUUUUGAGAGUUACUUGUAAUGCAUUAUAUCCUAGAAGUUUUGUGAUUGCUGGCUGUGACUUGUUGUUGAGAAUUGGUAUGUAUGUUGUUUAUAAAGACAGUUACUUAUGUUUUAUCCUACAAUAAUUAACCUCAGAGUGUUUUUAGCUUGAUGAUUUCUGGUUUGUAAUUAGUUUCAUUCAGUAAAGUUUACUACAGAUUUCUUAAUUAUGCUUACAAGUUUUUAUUACAAUUUAGAGAUUAGAAGUUCAGUGUAAAGACUACAAUGUUAAAUAUGAAACAUUCCAGUAUGUUUUAACUACCAUCAUCACAUUUGGUAUUCUUUCCAAAUAUAGACUUUUAGUGAUGUUUAUAUGGCUAUCCAAACAUCCAGUUAUAAAUAACAAGUCAUAUCAGUUUAGCUAGUGUAUUGUUAUUACUAAUGAAAGUUAUCAAAUCCAAUUUAGUUUUUAUAUGCACAUUUGUUAUUGAAUUUUGUUUUUGAUAGUAAAGUGUUUGAGUAAAUAUCCUGUACUGAUAAAUACUUCUGUGAGCUUUGGAAGUUUGGUUUAUAAGAAGGAAAUUUACAUGGUUUUUAUGUUCAGAGCAGCAUAUAAUACAGGAAAAUUUUCUCAAAUUAAAAGUUUAAAAAUAUAUUUCAUUUUGCAUCUGUUUGUGUAAAUAUAUUAGUAUGACUUAUGAAGUUUUACCACUCGGUAUAAAAUGCUUAUCGAGUAACUAAACCUUGUAUUUAGUACAAUAUUGUUAAGCAGACAGAAUAUUUGUAAAAUGAGUGUGUACUAUAAAAAUUUUUGUUUCAUUUUCUUAAAUUCUCUAUAUUUGUUAAAUAUUUAUGCAUUAAUUAUCAUAUGUCCUAAAACUUGUAGAUACAGUUAUAACUUGUUAAACUCAAAUGUAAUUGUACUUUAGGUGUUGAGUUCAAUCAAAAUUACUUUUCUUAAACAUAUAAUAAUUUUGUUUUUCAUCCAAAUAGCUGUAAAUUUCUUAACUAAGAAAUGAACAAGUUAUUGUGUAGCUAUCUAAGAAGUUGUAAAGAAUUGCAAUUUAAAUUUGUUUAUUAUUCUGUACAAAGAGAAAAUCAUUAAGAGUUACUGGUUCAUCUUAAUGUGCAACAUUAAAAAACAUCUGAUAAAUUAUAAUGAUGAUGGAAUCAAGUUAAACUAGUGGUACUGAAGUAAGGAAUUUAGCAGUGUUGGUUCCGGCUUUUCCAAGCAGGUUUUUCUCUCAGGCAAGAGAAAGUGUCUUCUUCCAAACAACAAGAAACAUAAUUUAAGGUUUCUGUUUAUCAAAUAAGAUCUUAAAGAUGGAUGUGUAACCUUAAUGAUAAAACUGGUGCUAGAGUGGCAUCUUUUUUGUGCUUUUUUUUUUAACUUUCUUGCAAGUGCAAUAUGUGGUAUUUUACUUUAAGCCUUUUUUUUUAAACAUUCUGCUUGUAUUUACUGUUUUGAUACCUUACUCAGGCUCUUAGGCAAGGGGCUCAACACCACCUAAAAGAGUCUUGUAGAAAAGAUGUAAUGUACUUCAUUUUCUUGGGUGAGAUUUCUUUGAAACAUUAAAGGACUAAACAUUUGACUUUAAAACAAUAUAUAUAUACAUAUAUGCUAGUUGUUAAAUAGCUCUGAUGUAUUUUGCUGUUGCUAAAAUAAAGUUUAAACUAGUUUUGUGUACGGAACUAAUAAAAAAAAAAGAUGAAAUGUGGAGUAAGGAAGCUGUUUGUGUACUAAUACUGAGCAAUUCAAGAGAAAUAGAUUUCAUCUAUGUAAAAUAUGUGAACAUAAAACAAUAUAUUUUCUUCAAUCUCUUGUUUAACUAACAGUAUGCAAUGAACCUUCUAAAGGAGUCGUCAUGAGCUACACAUAAUUUAUUUACUGCUAUAUGUAUUUUGUUGAAUCACUUCUGAUGUGCACCUUAGAAUUUUAGGUGGGCUUUCUCACAUAAUUACAAAUGUUUUGGUUGUUAUUUAUUCAUACUGUGUGUUUUGUUCAAAAAGACUAAUUUUUGUAUGUUCAAUUUUUAAAUAUUGCAAGACUGUUUUUAAUUGUUUAACAAUUAAAGUACAGUGAGAUUA